GUUCUAUCAACCUACAAUUCAAGCAAGAACUCCAGCUCGCAGGAAGAUGCUGAGCUAGCCAUGGCGCAAUCAGAUACCGCUGUUGGCUCCAUAUAUGCCGAGCUGCUCUCGAAUAUCAGACAAGUGUCAGUUAGAGCCACGCUGUCGUCGCCAUCGGAUGCGACGACCAAGGCCGAGAUUCUCGAUGGCGGCCGUCGCAUUCAGAUUCAGCAUCAGGGCGAAGUAAGAUCACUAGACCUUCCAGCAACUGUCCUAGUGCGAUCUACGAUCCCUAUCCCAGAGAAUUCCUCACAGGACUUGACCUGGAGGCUACCGGUGCCGGCCACUGAGACUCAACUGACAAGGUUCUCUGCCGAGAACCAGUCAGUGCCUUGGAGCUCUACGGAUCUCAAAGUCGGCUCCUCUAUUUGCUGCCGACACUGCAAUUACAAUAUUGUCCAACGAGACCGUAUAAAGUCAUGGAAAGAUUUACCCAGCGAGAACUGGGCAGAAAUGAUGGAGUUUUGGCACUGCCAUAAGCCUCAUGACCAUGAGCAUCAUGAUGGCGAGAAUCUGUCCAAGCGCGGAUACGGAGCUAAUAGUGCAAUUACCGCCCAACCUGAAGUCGGGUUUGUGGACCUCACUUCCUUCAUGUUCUCCGAGUCGGACUGUGAUGGACUGUCAUUUUCUCGCCCUGAUUCGGACGCCUCCUUCGACGCCAGCAAAGAAGCUAUUGAUGAUACCGAUCCAGUGAGGCCUUUACGUAUCUCCUGCAAGACUUGCCGUGCAGAAAUAGGAAUCUAUAAUGCCCUGGCAGUAUCUAUUACCCUGUUCAAGUGGCAAGUAACUUGCGAAACUGGCUCAGCCAGCCAAGCUCCAAACAGCUCAGAGUGCCUUGCAGCCACUCUAAUAGCAACCAUAUCACGAUCGGGCUCAUCCAAAUCCGUCGUGGCUUCACAUACGCUUGAUGCUACCCCAGAAGGGCCGCAAUCGGAAUUAUCUCAGUCUCUCCACCUCUGGGUGCUUAAUGCCAAUGUCGUGUAUUCCUCCACGAUGCGCGAAGGAAGGCGGACAGCGAUAAAGGUUCUCUAUCAAGAUAUUGAUAUAGAGGAAGGAAAUAAGCUUGUCGAUUCUAUGACUUCAGGCGUCCAAGAAAUCAGCUUCCCAGCGGCUGCUAUCAGCGCAGCUCGUCAAAUGCUCCAGGAAAGUAACAGCUUAUUGCCCAGCUCUGAGCGGCUAUUUCAGCAAUGGCAUGUCGGUUUACUAGAACGUUGGAAAUAGAUGAG